GGGUUGUGGAGUUGUUUCGUAGUUUUCAGCUCCUGUUGGGCCCAGUUAAGAUUAGUAAGUCUUUAUGUUCAUAUAAUCCAGACUCUGAAGAAGAAUAACUGUUUAGGAAAUAAUUCUAAUGGCAGCGAGUGUAGGACUGGCCAUGAAUCCGCCGCAUACGACAGACGAAAGGGCGGUUUUCACGCAGCUGAAGCCGGUGAGGAUGUCGGGAGCAGACGGCGUUGAGGACGCGUCCGUCUUUGAGGACGUCAAACCCGCGACUCGGCUAGAGUUGGACAAAUACCUCCCCCAGGUCAACAGUCCUCUCUUGAGUCCCUCGACCGACACUGGUGACAAAAAGUACAGACGAGAGAGUGCCUCUGUCGUGGACGAGUACUUCUCAGAGGACAAAUCUGCCACCCCUUACAGCCUCAACAUCAACCUCAUCCUUCCCAACACCACUCACCUCCGCACAGGCCUCUACAGGUCCAACACCAAGACCCUCACGCCCCAGCAGAUCAAGACAGAACCCGGACUGGAGGUGCCCUGCUCCAUCCCAACCACCACCACCCAGGCCUUGCCAGACUUUACCUCCGUCUUCAGCGUGCCGCCUGUAGUCAACAACGUUUUCAUCAAACCAGACAUGAGCUCUGGAGAAGUGGUCAAUGUGGCCGCAGGACCUCAGCAGCAACCAAAUUUGGACACAGAGCUUCACAUCGGACCCCCAGCCCCCCAGCCACAGGUCUACCACAUGCCCAUCACUAGCUGCGCUGACCUCACCAUGACUCUGUCGCACACCAGCCCUUCGACUCACGGCUCUCCAAACAGCAGGACCAUGCUGAACAUCGGAAACGUUGCGCUGCCGACGACCAACGGUAACUACAUGAUGGCAGAGCAGCAACUGCCGCAGCACCACGGUUACUACCAGGCUACUCCCAAUUCAUCCCAGCACACAGCGCCCCACAGCCUGCCACCCUCACCCCCUAACUCCCAGCCAGGGAGCCCAGAUGGACAGCCAGAGCUGCUCAGCUUAGCGUCCCAACCUCCGCCUCCGUACCAGCAGCGUCUGGGAGGACUAAAGGUUACAGGGUUGUCCUCUCAUGCCAUGCUGAUGACACAUGGCCAGGGCGUCCUCACAGGUCCCAAAUAUAACAGGCGGAACAACCCAGAGCUGGAGAAGAGGAGGAUCCACUUCUGUGACUACCCAGGCUGCACCAAAGUUUACACAAAGAGCUCUCAUCUGAAGGCACACCAAAGGACACACACAGGGGAGAAGCCGUACCGUUGUUCGUGGGAGAACUGCGACUGGCGUUUCGCGCGAUCGGACGAGCUCACCCGACACUACCGGAAACACACCGGGGCCAAACCCUUCAAGUGCAUCGCCUGCAGUCGCUGCUUCUCACGCUCCGACCACCUGGCCCUGCACAUGAAGCGUCACCAGAACUAACACAGACGUUCCUGUAUUUAUGAACGCACACAAACACAAAAAAAAACAUGACAGCCACCUGAACCUAGCAGCUUUAACCAUGAACAGAUACAGAACCAAAAUCAUCCCUGUGCACCUGUGUUUAUUCUGGAGCUCCAUGCUAACAUUAGCUGAGUGACAGUAGGCAUCUAGCAAUAUCCAAAGUAGGACAAAAAAGAUUUACCCCCACAGAUCCAUCUGUGGAUGGAUGUGAGGAAGAUGGAGUGAGCUGUCCUUAUACUUUAUGAUCUCCUGGUGAAAUUCCUCUCCUGUCAGGUGGAAAGAGGCCAUAUCUAGGUGUAUCAGAGGAGUCACCUGGUGGUUUAUAUCUUCCACAAGCCAACAGGGGAGUGUGGUCAAAGGUGAGACUGGGAAAGGAAAAAAAAAAAUCAAGGCGAACUGGCCCGUAUUGUGAUUAGCUACUCUGUUUUUCAAUCAGCAUCACCUUUUAUGGAAACAAGCAAAGUGAGUCCAGGUAUUUGUGAACCAAGCACAGCUGUAUAGCAUGCAACAUUUUAUGCCGUUUAGCUUUAGGGCUUCUCCACGUUCUCAUUUUCUCAUCUCUGAGAUAAUGCUGAUCACCUGCUAUCAGUCAACAUGGUGUUUGCUGAGGUCUUAACACCAGAGCUAAUGAUCUACCAGGGACUCAGAGAUGAUUUUGGUGAACUGUUGAGGUAUGUUGAUUUAAAACACAUACUAGCCCAACUCUUGUAAACACUCGAUACAUAUACAUUCACACACACUUCAUGCAUUACUUACUACAAAUAUUACAGUCAUAAGAGCUGUGGUGUCAGGCUCCUACGAUGGAUUUGGGACUCCUCAUUACAUCCUGGACAGACUUUAUUCUUCUUUAAACAACAAAACAAACUAUUUGUUUUCCUACAAAUCUGCUGCCAACGUCUUCAUCAUCAACACUGUCGCCAUCUUUUAUCAUUUUGAGGUAUGAACUUUCAAUGAGAGGUGGAAACGCUUCUGUAAAUAUUUGUUUAUAUGUGUGCAUAAGUGUGUCUGAGAAUACAACGAAUGUAUUGAGAUUUAUACUUGACUUUUUUUUUUUUUUUUUUACAUUGAAUGUUAAUACGAGUAAUAUUCCAUGUCGAAACUUCCUUGUGAUAAAAAUCUCCUUUUGAGGGCCUCAAAAAUAAGUAAACAAAUAAUCAACAGACAAAAAUCAGAGAACUCUCCAUGGAAAAGUUAAUAAUCACCCUGUAAUGCCAGUUUCAGCACAAGUAAUACCUGUAAAGCUCAGAGUAUGGAGCAAUUUGCCAAUGUUUGUAUCCAUGACAUUAGCCGUUGCUAUAGUGACCCGCCUCCUUUGAUGACGGUUUGCAGUUCGCUUGCAGUUUCUAUUCAGCUCUGUUUUUUAUCGCCACGUCUCUCCUGCAUUUGUUCAAAAGUUCAACUUCAGAAAGGCAGAGAUGGGUGGAUAGACCUCUUAUGUAAUCAGCCCUGAUUGUUCUGAUGCAGUGUAGUGCUGCAGUUGGAAAGUCAGUCCUGUUAGCUGGACGAAUGGCAGGUUAACGCUGACUUGAUUGCGUGACAUUAAUUGUCAGCUGUGACCUCUGCAUUCUUUUGGGUUUGUUUUUUUUUUUUUUUGUUUUUUUAAGUCUUCUCUUCCGGCUCUGAAUGCCCACACAUUUUUGUGCAGUGGUGUAGCUGUGACACUUGCCAACAACAGGGAUUACAAAGGGGAAAAAUGUUGCACGGCCCAAAUGAAAAGUUUGAAUCCGUGAACUGAAAUAGUUAUCUGAGGAAAAUGCCACCAAGGAACAGAUUGAGAAACUGUCAGAAUUUUAUUUUUAUUAUAUUGACUGACUGAAUAAUGAAGUUAAUAGCUGAGAGAAGCUGACAAUACAACUGCAAAGCAAUGCAAACAUGACACUUAGAAUAAUAACUGAAAUUUUAACA